AUGGCCCAAGUCCCUCUACCUCUGGAAGGCGUCUCGGCUGGCGACUCUGACAUUGAACGGUCUAACAUAGCCGAGGUUACCAACAUCGACCAUGUCAAGGAGAAAACAAACCCGACUGCCCUCGGAGAGUCAACAACACCCAUAACAGAUACGACUGAUAUUGCACUCAACAUCGAGGCCCUAGACCCAGCAUUCCAGCUCUCGGAAUGCUUGCAAUCAAACGGUAUCGAAGGCCUCCUCGAGGAGGACUACCCAUCAUCACUCGAUACUAGAUACCAAUCACCAUUCGCAUGGUCAUUGGGGAAGAAGAUCACGGUACUCUUUGGGACCUACUUCGCCUCAACCCUAGCCGCCUACUCUGCCGGCGCAUAUGCCAUGGCCGCUGCCCCCUUGAUUGAGAAAUGGCAUCUCACGAACACGGAAUUCAAUCUCGGCAUCACCUUAUUCGUCUUGGGCUUCGGCUUCGCGCCCAUGAUACUAGCCCUGAUCAGCGAGAUCUAUGGCCGCUACUGGGUCUUUGUCGGCUCAGGGGCCGUCUUCUUCCUGGGGACCUUGGGCUGCGCGGUGACACAGUCGUUCCCCGGUAUGUUGGUCUCUCGUCUGAUCACGGGCAAUGGGGCUUCGGUCUUUGCGACUCUGACUGGGGGCGUUAUCGGUGACGUAUUCCAUAAAGAGAAUCGCAACACGUCCAUGGCCCUCUACUCUUUAACAAUCAUGAUUGGAACAGGGCUGGGUCCCAUGAUCAGCGGUAUAAUUGUCGACAACCUUCAUUGGAGAUGGAUCUUUUACGUGCAGAUGAUCACUGUCGGUUCCACGACGUUAGCCAUAUUCUUCUUUUUUGCCGAGACGCGGAGUAAUGUUGUACUUGAGCGGAAGUGCGUGGCCCUCAACAAGCAUUUCGACAGCAUUCACCUCCAGCGGGUCUCGUCGCCGAUUGGGGACAAGAAUGGACUGCGACAAGGCACCGAGAAGCUGAGCGAAGGCCAGUCGCAACCUAUUCGUGUCCAGUUCCGCGCCCAUUUUGAGGGCCCUGAGCUAGAUAUGAGUAUCAUAUGGCGGAGCUUCUCCUUCCCCCUCAAACUCCUUUGUACUGAAUCCGUCGUCUUUUGGUUCUCUGCCUGGGUCUCGUUUGCAUGGGCUAUCCUGUACAUGCAGUUCAACAGUAUUGGUCUGGCGUUCCGCUCCGUGUAUGGCUUCAACGACAGCCAGGUAGGAGGCAUUUACACUUCAGUCAUUGUUGGAUCGGUAAUAGGAGCAGUGAUUACAAUCUUUCAGGAGCCGAUCUUCAAGAAGUUCAUGCCUCAGCGGAUGGCAACGCCAGAAGGAAGACUCUACUCUGCCUGCGUCGAGUCACUCUUCCUACCGAUCGGGCUGUUUUGGUUUGGUUGGAGCUCGUCCCCCGACGUUCCUUGGAUCGCGCCCGCACUCGCUAUCACCUCUGUGACUGUUGGCAUCUUCACUAUCUAUCUCGCAGUCUUCAACUAUCUGGCGGACAUCUACCACCGAUAUGCCUCCUCGGCUCUGGCAGCACAGUCCAUGUGCCGGAACCUGCUCGCUGGUGUGUUCCCUUUAUUCACCAACGUCAUGUUUCAGAAGCUUGGGUACGGUGUUGCGGGAAGUCUGCUUGGUGGCAUUGGUUUACUUCUUUCGCUUGUCCCUUGGUUGCUAUGUAUCUAUGGGGAGAAGAUCAGGGGUCGCAGUCCUUUUGCCGGGCAACUCAAAGCAGGUUGA